CCGGGGUGGAUACAUCUGAACCCAUCUUCUAGAGAACAUUCUGAUAAUCAUGCAUUUACUUUGAAGAUGAUUGAAACAGCCUUACAAGAUGACGUAACAAUAUUACAAUGAAAGGGAUGCAUUUUCUUACUGUUUAUGAAAGUCUCAAUACUGUACUGGUCUGUCACCAGGGGGCAUGCAUACAAUAAUACACUUCAGGAAACAUCAUUCGUUCAACAUUUUUUUUUUUAAAAGAUUGCAAUUCAAAUGCAACCUGGAUCUGUAGGAAGACGAUUUUUGUUGUUACAUUUGGUCCAUGCCAGCAGAACAGUGUUGAAUCGGCGUGCUAUUCUGAGAGAUUUCUAAUUGCAAUUUUGUUGCAGCAGGGGUUUUGCAGACUCUCGCUCCAGCGUUGUUGUGAAUUGAUCUAACAUGGCGACUGUACCAGUUUAUUGCAUCUGUAGGUUACCUUACGACGUAUCCCGCUUCAUGAUCGAAUGCGAUGCCUGUAAGGACUGGUUUCACGGCAGCUGUGUUGAUGUGGAUGAAGAGGAAGCGCCAGACAUUGACAUCUAUCACUGUCCGAACUGCGAGAAAUCCCAUGGCAAGUCCACUUUGAAAAAGAAAAGGAAUUGGCACAAAAAUGACACGGGGCAAAGUACAGAGGUGAAGAAGCCUGUCCUGAACGGCAGCCAGGUGUUUAUAAAGGAGCUCAGAAGCAGGACAUUCCCAAGUUCUGAAGACGUGGUGGUAAAGCUGAAUGGAAGCCAGCUCACACUAGACUAUAUUGAAGAGAAGGGCUUCACAGAACCCAUCCUGGUCCCAAAGAAAGAUGGACUCGGAAUGUCAUUACCCGUCCCCACGUUCUAUGUUAGUGACGUAGAAAACUAUGUUGGUCCAGACAGAGUUGUGGAUGUCAUUGACAUGUCCAAACAGACAGAGUGCAAGAUGAAGCUCAAGGAGUUUGUUGAUUAUUACUACAGCACAAACAGAAAACGAGUACUGAACGUGAUAAGCUUGGAGUUUUCUGACACAAGAAUGUCCAGUUUUGUGGAGAGCCCUGAGAUUGUCAGAAAGCUGUCCUGGGUGGAGAAUUACUGGCCUGAUGACGCACUCCUUGGAAAACCCAAAGUCACCCAAUACUGCCUGAUCUGUGUGAAGGACAGCUACACAGACUUCCACAUAGAAUCAGGGGGAGCCUCCGCAUGGUACCAUCCACUCAAAGGAGACAAAAUAUUCUUUUUAAUCAAACCAACUUCUGCAAACCUGUCCCUUUACGAGCACUGGCGUUCCUCGUCCAAUUACAGUGAGAUGUUUUUUGCUGACCAAGUAGACAAGUGUUACAAGUGCACUCUGAAACAAGGACAGACUUUAUUUAUUCCUUCAGGUUGGAUUUAUGCAACGCUGACCCCAGUGGACUGCCUGGCUUUUUCUGGGCAUUUUCUUCAUAACCUGAGUGUUGAAAUGCAGAUGAGAGCAUAUGAAGUGGAAAAACGAGUGAAAAUUGGCAGCCUUACCCAGUUUCCCAACUUUGAAACUGCGUGCUGGUACGUGGGCAGGCAUCUGCUGGAGAGGUUCAAAGGCUUGCACAAAGCUGGGAAGCAGCCGCUGCCUCACUUGGUACAAGGAGCCAAAAUCCUUAAUGGGGCUUUCAGGUCGUGGACUAAGAAACAGGCUCUUCUUGAACACGAAGAUGAGCUUCCAGAAAACAUGAAGCCAUCACAGCUUAUCAAAGACCUUGCCAAAGAAAUCAGAAUUACAGAGAAUGCAUGUAAAGCCAUGAAGGUGGAGCUGAGUGCCAGCGUACCCAUGGAGGAGCCUUCUGCAGUGGAGCUGGAGGAACCAGAGGAGUCAGAGGGGCCUGGUCAGCCUGUGUCCCCCAUGUCCUCCAUGUCCCCUGUAUCCCCCGUGCACAUCCCCUCGCCACCCCAAGAGAAACCCUCCCGCAAGAAGGCUCCCAAAACUCCCAAGACGCCUAAAAACCCCAAGACCCCCAAAACGCCCAAGACCCCCAAAACGCCCAAGAUGCCCAAGACCCCCAAGACGCCCAAGACCCCCAAGGCUGUGAAAAAUACAAAAAACCCCAAAACGAAAGAGGGGGGCAAGAAAAAAGGGAAGAAAACAAAAGAAAGCUCCUCUUCCCCCACCACGCCGACCCUGGACGUCCUGGAAGCGCACACAAAAGAGGCUCUGACAAAAACAGAAACGUCAAAGAAAGGGAAGGCUGCAAAGAAUGUGUUGAGCAUGCCAGAGAAAGAGGCCAUCAGCAAGCAGAACGAGCUGGAGAAGUUUGAGAUCAGAGAGCAGAACAAGAGCAAAACAGAAGCUAAAUGGAAAUACAAGAACAGUAAACCGGAUUCAUUGCUAAAAAUGGAGGAAGAACAGAAAUUGGAAAAGACACCAUUAUCAGGAAACAAAGACAACAAAUUUGCAUUUUCUUUUUCAAAUAAAAAAUUACUAAGUUCUAAAGGGCUAAAGCCACAGAUGAAUUCAAGUGUAUUUGGAUCAUUACAAAACCUGAAGGAAGAUAAAGUGAAGCCAGUCAGGGAUGAGUAUGAAUACGUGUCAGAUGAAGGAGAACUGAAAAUUGACGAGUUUCCAAUAAGAAGAAAAAAUAACACAGCAAAAAGAGAUAUUUCUUUUUUAUCGAAUAUAAAAGAGCCGAUUCAGCAGGCAAAAAAACCAAAGCUUCAACGUACACCCGCCAAGGCUAAUGAUUCCUCAGAUGAAGGGUCGCUUCACAUUGACACAGAAACAAAGACAGAAGUCAAAGGUCGAAAUUCAAAGGUCAAGAAGGAAAGUGGUAAUGCUGCGGGAAUACUGGAUCUCUUACAGGCCAGCAAGCAAGUUGGAGAAAUUGAUUACAAUGCAAACAGUCCACCACCUGCUUCUCCCAGCACACAGGAAGCCAUCCAGGGGAUGCUGUCAAUGGCCAACCUCCAGUCUUCAGACUCCUGUCUACAAACCUCUUGGUCCAACAACCAAUCAAAAAACAACUCCCACACGACGCAGUCAUCCAAGAAGACAGGCAACGGCAACAACAAGAGGCCCGCCAAGCGCCCGCUGAAGAAAAGCACGAAGAGCAGCAGUGUGGACAGCGUGGAGAUGUUUGAGGACGAACAGGACCACCUGCAUGCGUGUUUCAAAGAUUCGGAUUACGUAUAUCCAUCUCUUGAGUCAGAUGAAGACAACCCCAUUUUCAAAUCCAGGUCAAAGAAAAGGAAAAGUUCAGAUGAUACACCUUACAGCCCAACAGCCAGAGUAGGUCCAUCAGUCCCCCGACAAGACAGACCUGUUCGUGAAGGAGCUCGAGUGGCUUCGAUAGAAACCGGUCUAGCGGCUGCAGCAGCCAAACUCUCCCAGCAGGAACAACAAAAAACCAAGAAGAAGAAGAAAAAUACCAAAAAGAAGCUCUCGUCAGACGAUGCAAAUAAAAUCCCUCAGGAAAGCAGUUCACCGGAGCCCAAGCUGGAGUCCCAUGGGAGCAGUCUGGCGGAUCACGAGUAUACGGCUGGGGCAGCCAAGACCCCUGGCGCGCCACAACCCAUGGCUCCUGGAGUGUUCCUCACACAGAGGAGGCCGUCCACUUCAUCUCAGAACAGCGCAUCAGCCAAAGCCAAACGGCUUAAGAAAGGCAUGGCUACUGCCAAACAGAGACUGGGGAAGAUUUUGAAGAUUCAUCGUAAUGGGAAACUUCUCCUGUAACAUCUACAGUGCAAGACUGGGACUGUGUCGCUGCUCAGGUGAAAUGACCUGAACCUGACCCUACUCCUGUUCACUGGUAUUAAGGACUACAGCAGCAAACUGAACCAUAUGGGGAAUAAAACAGGUGACGUUUUUUCAGUUUUUAAGAAGAAUAUAGCUCAAAAAUAGGUUUUUGCCUCUACUUAUACUUUAUAACUUUCAGAUAUCUGCUAUAAAUAUUUUUAAAACAAAAUGUGUGUCUCAAUUUACUACAACUGUUAGUUUACCAAGGGUUGCUGAAGAACAUUGCAGAUCAUUCCGAACUUCUAGAAAGUAUCCCCAGCAUUUAUUUACUUACGUGCAUAUUUCUUGAGGAAAAUGAAUAAAUAAAUGUCUAGCGCUUUUAAUUUUGAGCAUUUUAAACCAUCUGACCUGGAUGUGACUUGUCAAACAGCUGGCAAAUGCAAACCCAGUUGUAAAAACUAUCAGAGCUCUUUUGCACUGUACUUGAUGUCAAAAUUGUCGGAGAAAGGCAACUGUAAAAAAUCCUAUCGCAAUUACUGUUAAGAAGGUAAAUCAUAAGAGGGGUAUGGUUAACACUUAACCCCCUUUCACACCGGCAUGUUCUACCCGGGUCAGAACCUACCCAGGUCAGGACCCAGUGUGAUGCGCGUCAGGUACGCGAUUUCACACUGAUUUUGAUAAAGCAAGGGUUGAUCUGGGUGACAGAUGCAAGUGCACAAUAAGCGUAUCAAUGCCCCGGAAGCAGCUUGUUACUGACGCUUCCAUCCAAGCUUCUCUGGAUUGAACCGUCGGCCCAAAUGCUGAUUAAAUGUUUCUACAUCCCUGCUGCAAUCUGGCACACAGUGUGUCUCAAGCAACAAAAAUAUGGCUAAACAGAAUAAACAGUUCCUUGCGGAAGUGAAACCUUCACGCAGGCGUGGCUGUUUGUUAUUGUCUCGGCUCACGAACGGCCGUCAAGCAUUUUGUCUCGCUCAACCUGGGUCAAAGCGUGUCGACCCACAUCCUGAGGUGGGUCGCUGGGACCCGGGUUAACCUGGGUACGACCCAGGUACGUGGUUUCACACUACACGGGAUUGUGACCCGGGUAGCCAGGACCCGGGUCCGGACUCGGGUAGGAGUGCCAGUGUGAAAGGGGUUUAGACAGCAAGCCUAGCUUUAUCAGAUUGCAAAGCAACAGAAACAAAGUACAAUGUACCUUCCGGUGCGUUUCAUGAAGCCCUGCAGGGGGCGCUUGUUCAGUCUCUGAGCUGAAGAACAGUGUUAUGCUUUUUUUUUUUCGCUCAGUGCGAUCUAUAAGAAAAAGAUAAUGUAAAUGUUGUUUAAAUUAUAUAUUAGCAACAUUUUUAUUUUGUAAUAUAUUACCACAAUUGUUUUGUAAAACAAAAUCUGUAUUCAAAUCCUUGCUGAAACAUAAAAUUAUUUCUUUAUAUAAUUAUUGUUUAUAUAUAUAUAUAUAUAUAUAUAUAUAUAUAUAUAUAUAUAUAUAUAUAUAUAUAUAUAUAUAUAAUUUUAAUCAUUGUAUGUUGCAUUUUCCUCCCAAUUCCCUUAACACAAUAACAAAUCAUGUAGCCACAAUUAGAUCUCAUUUCAGUUUCAGGCAUUUCAUUGGUAUUGACAUUGAAAUACAUGCAAAAAAAUAAAUAUAUAUUACAAAACUAGUAUGGUAACAGCAACCUAGAGUACUGAACUGGUAGUUUAGGAGCUAAAUAUUUAUCGAAGGGUAGAUUCUAUGUUGUUACUGUUGCUAAUGGCACUGAUUUAAACCAGGCCUGAACUGUCAAAUAGUUAUUUGACCCAGAAUGACAAAUAGGACUCCCUAUACUGGGUACUGUGAUUUCCAAGCUUUGCUGUAUUAUAUCUGUUUCCUUACAAAGGGACUGUAUAACACUUUUUUUAAUCUCAGUAUUAUCAAGUGGCAAACUGACUCAAUCAGAAUGUGUGAGUGUGGCCAACAGCACAGACUUGCACUUAACUUACUGGUGCUGACAUCAAUAUUCAUUGAUAGAGAUCCCCGGGAACCCUUUUUCUACAAAAACACUAGGUGACUUUUGAUUGGGAUGAAGCGUCCUCUUGACAAGCCUCCCCCUUCUCUUCCUUUCAUCUUUAAUUAACCGGGUACUUUCUAAUCCAACCUUGUUUCUCAGGCAAUACCAUAAAGUACUUUAGCUAUAACAUAUGCAUUUUACUGCAUUACAGUAUAUAGAAUGUAGCUUGUAAAUAGCUUUUGAAAUGACUACCUUUUGUAACAGAGUGACUUUUCUUUAUUAAAUAAUACUUCGUUAUACAUUUUUACAAAGUGUUUUUUUAAUUUUAUUUCUUAGCUACAUUUAGGCACUUCUUUUGUUUUUGGUUUUUUAGAAAAAGAGGUGUUGCCUGAAAAACAAAUUGCAAAACUUUGUAUGGCCUUACACAAAAACAAACAAAUGUAUUGUAAAGAUUCACGUGCAAAAAGAAACGAGACUUCUCCAAAAAAAAAAAAAAAAAAAAAAAAAAAGACAUGCUUACGUCUUGACCAGCUUCCUGUUCUAUAGUCCUUGUAACCUGAUGGGAUUGAAAAGCUGUUUUACUAGCACCUUGUGAAGUGUGUUCUGUGUCUCUGAUGAUGUAAUUUAUUAAUGUUUGUAGCUUUUUAUAUUUGUACAUUUCUUAAGAGCUUUUGUUUUUAAACAUUUUAUCAGCUUGUGAAAGUCUACUUCUAGGAAUCUGUCUACAGUACAAAUUAAAAAUACUACUGAGGCCUUAUUAACUAAUAUUUAGGCACUUCAUGGUUGGGUUUAGGACCUUAAUAUUCUGUUAGGUUGUUUUUUUUUUGUUUGUUUGUUUUUAAUUUGAAGGCUUUGUCAGUUAGUUUAAUAGGGCCCCAGUUAUAAAACAGAUUUUCAAAGCUCUCUUAAGACAUUAUUAUUAUUAUUAUUAUUAUUAUUAUUAUUAUUAUUAUUAUUAUUAUUUUAUUUUUUAUCAAGAAGCUAUAUGGUAUAACUCAGCCAUCAUGCCCUUUUAUUUUAUUUUGGAAAUAUGUACAUUUCUAACAAGGUUUACUGUGGUUAUGUGUUGCAGUUUUAGUUGCCAAUGGAAAUCUUGUAUCAAAUCCUCAGAACUUAAAUACACUCGGAUCAAACCUUAACAAGUUAUCUUUUUUUCAGGAUUUUGUACAAAAUGUGUGUUGCUUUGUUGUGUUUUAUUUUUGAUAUGUUCAACUCAUUAAAUUGACCAGCUGCACUAGCACUGUGUAAAUCCA